AAAAGAUGGCUGUGCCAUAAGCCAUGAAAGUAGUGUAGUUGAGUGUGUCCGGCGAUCAAUGCACAGUGAGUAUGCAUGAUGCUUCUUUUUGGGAUGAGCUUCCAGUUCAAUCACAUCCAAAUUGGAUGUCCAGUCCAGUGGCUAAUCGGUCAUUAGUGAACUACAAAAAACUAGAACGAUUCUCUCUCUCUCUCUGAAGAAAAUGGAGAUGGGAAGUCAGUGGGUGGUGGAUGAAUGGUCAAGAUAUGAAGUUAUGGCUAAACAAGGAGAUGAAGACACUUUCACCUUUCCAACCCAAGUACUUCCUCCACUUGAUUUCAGUGGUUACUCUGCAUUGGAUUGUCAGUAUGAUCAUCUUUCAAUGCAAGAGAGUGUUGUGGAUGCUUUGCCUUUGAUGGGGAUUUACCCAACUCAUCCUUCGUGUUCAACAUUGGAUCUUGUGCCUAGCCCAAGUGCAAUCCAAGAAGAUUUCUUGUUUGGAUAUGGAAAUGGGUAUGGAGUUUUGAAUCAAGAAAAAAGUCCUUUUGGGUUUGAAAUAGAGCCUCAUAGUCAGAACCAACCAUUGCUACUGUGUGACAAUAAUGCGGAAACUCAAGAGGAGUAUGUUAAAGAAAAGAGGGUUAAUAAUAAAAGAUGCAGAGAGGAGAAGAGUAACAGUUCAAAGACAUUGUCAAGAAAGACAAUAUCUGAGUACUUCUAUAUGCCAAUAACACAGGCUGCAAAGGAAAUGAAUAUAGGGUUGAUUUUUUUGAAGAAAAAGUGUAAUUUUAUAUUGGGUAUUCGUCGGUGGCCUCAUAGAAAGUUGAUGAGCCUCCAAACCCUAAUCAAGAAUGUUCAGGAAAUGGAUAAGGGAGAAACAAAAGGUGCUGAGGGAAGGCUGAAGGAGGCUAUUGAUGUAUUGGAGCAAGAAAGAAAGUUGAUGGAAGAGGUCCCUGAUAUGCAACUUGAAGACAAAACAAAGAGGCUAAGGCAAGCUUGUUUUAAGGCUAGCUACAAGAAGAGGAAGCUGAUGGGGGCGGUGGAUCCUCACUCUUCUUCUUCUUCUUCUAGCAGUAUCCGCGCAAGUAAUACAAAUGCAACAACUGUAGAUUUCUAUGGGACUUGGGAAGACGAAGAAGAAGAAGAGGAGAUUAGGUCUCUCUUGUCUGACUGCUUUUCUUGUUCAAAUAUAUUGCUCUAAAAUCUGAACCUCAAUGUUCUGUAGUGUUAUUUCUUCCAUCUGCAGCCUUUCUUUGGUUGUGUCUACUAUAGUAGUUGAAGAAACAUUAUGGAAGGUUGGAUUUUGAUCAAUUCACAUUAUUGUAAAGGGGAAAAUUAAGGUUUAAAUUUGGAGGGUGUGGAUGUCAAUUUGAACAUAUUAUGACACACUUUUGAACUUAUUUUAUAAAUUUUUUUUAAGAGUAACCCAAAAGUCUUGGUCAUGACAAACUUAUUCACUAAUGUAAUGUUCAAGUCUUCACUUCUAUAUGUAAUGUAAAGUGGUGCUUGUGAAGUUUGUCAUGGAAGAACUAACUAAUUGCCCUUUUUAAGUUGGAAAAAUAACAAUUCAUUGACUAUUUUAGAAGUUAAUCAUAAAUCAGUGAUAAAAUUUAUAAAUAUUAAUGAUUAAAAUUAUAAAUUUUUUCUUAAAUUUGUAAUAAUUUUAUGAAACUACCAGUGUAAUAAUUUCCCUUUUUAAGUUUACCAAUGGGACUUACAUAAUAGAUUCAAAUCAGUUUGCAAACAAAAAAUCCUCUUCAUAUUGCAAUCCGUGAACAAGGUGCAGCAAUUUCACUUUUUAAGUUACCAAGGGACUCACAUAAUGCAUUCAAAUCGAUUAGCAAAUAAAAAACCCUUUUCAUAUUGCAGUCCAUACACAACGUGUGGCAGUAGAGGCGGUUAGGGUUGGGGAGAUAACGAUGCCAACAGUAGUUGAGAGAGGGUAGUGGUGAUAGAGGGGCGAUGGUUGGCAAGAACAGAGAAAGGAAGGGGAUAAAAAAAUAGAAUCAUUUGAUUGCGACACAAUUAUAUUGAAAAGUCUAGCGGUCUAAGCCAUGUUUGAUUACUGUAAUAGACUACAAGAUUCAAUCAGUAAUUUGAUAGACCUCAUAAAAUUUUCCACCUCUUCAUCAAAUUUAAACAUACACAAUCCAAAAACCAAAAAAA